AUGGCUCGCGAUAUCCUGAAAGCCGCCCAGUCGGCAUCCCAUGUGGUCUCAAUCUCCCAGAAAUACACAGUCCGCUCCACUGGAGUCUGGGAGCGCCUGCGCAGCCUUCUCGCCGUCGACCCCAAUCGCUCGACCGGUAUUCCUCUAAACUCGCAGUUUCGUCUUCCUACUCCCGGUUCUCUGCCUCCUCUGUCCUAUGAUGACCCUGUCACCGUCCCUGCGGGUGACAUUGCCGACAACCCGUAUUGGAAGCGGGACACCCGGAGAAGCUACCCAAAACUGAGCACCGUCAGUCAGGCGGAUGCGGUCAGCCUGCUCACCGUCGGGAGCCAGGCAGCCCCCAAGGAUGACAUCCUGCAGAUUGGCGCUGCGGGUGAGAAGCAGCUGGUGGAGGUCCAGGAGCAGGGCCAAGAACGCGGCCUGGCCGCGCUCUUUGAGAAGGACAAGAAGAGCAUCCAGGGUGUAUUGGGAGCAAACGGCCUGCCUCCCACGCCUGCCAACAUCAACACAGUUGCUCAAUCCUCGCAAUCCAAGUACGAGAUCGGCCGAGGGCAGGGCUACCCCGAUGUGUAUGUGAUCCCUAGCCAAUUCCCCCCAUCCCGCCCCGGAUCUCUUGCCCAACACUAA